CGAAGCAUUUUCCAUUUUAUUGAGGUCCCUCUCCCCCAACUCAUCAUCACUCCUUCUGAGACUGCUCCAUAACCACCGGCGUAUCAAAGCAAUGGAAUCGAACCUGAAGUUGAACCAGGGCAACUCCAAUCGUCCCGCUAAAUCCCUGUUUUUCGAUCGCCGAUACGGUUGGGUGUAAGCCGUCACUCCGCCCGGCCGAAUACCUGGCAUUUAUGUUUGAUGAGUGGAAGGACCCAUCAGAUCAAGCAAUGGAAGGUGGCCGAGGAAUGUUCUGCGUUUUGCCUUUAGCAAAAGCUUUGUUGAAGAUUGCUUCACAAACGAUUGAUUCUGCAGUCAUCAGUGUUGUCAAAGUUCUAGAAAAUCCCAACUCAGUUUCACCUCAACUGGUGCAGACCAAUCUACAUGCCCAAUUCAACAAAAUCAAAUCCUCAAUGGAGAGAGAAACUGGAGCUCAAUUUCAUGAAGCAUAGUAAAGAUCUCAGGUCGGAGUUCACUCCUCCCAACCUAAAUGGAGAAAGUGCCGAAACAGCAUCCAGAUGUUAAAACUUCGAUAACGCUGACACCAUGUAAACAUUGGUAUCUAAAACUGCUCAUACUUGUCUGUGUUUAUGUGGCCUCUAGGCUUUCGAUAAUCAUUCUUGUAGUUCUAUGCCGUGUUUUCUCGCUUGUAUGGAAGAAGCUAAUUACUGUAUUUGGCUUGCUUCUUGUGCAUAGCAAAACCUGGUGGGAAAACACACUGACAUUUGGCAUUGCUUUCUAAUGAACUAAACAUGCAGUGUAGUGACAAAUGGAGUUGUUAGAAUGAUGAGUCUUUUGGUUAAUGACUCUGUGUGGCAUUUGCUUUAGCGUUUGGACUUUGUAAUUU